CAAAGAACAGCCAGGCUUUGAAAAAAGAACUGGCUGCGGCUUGGUAUGGUAGCUACAUCCGCCGCCAGAUCUUUGAUAUCGCGUUCAAGGGCGCUCUCUCUCUUGGAUCAACCAUGGCUUACGCUGAUUCACCUCAAGCAAAUCCACUCUCGUCUUAUCGUCUCUGGCGCAACGGCCGACGACUUCACCUGCAGGAAGCUACUCUCCUCGUACUCUUUCUCCGCUCACGGCGAACUAUCUUCCGCCUACAAUCUCUUUCGCCUACUUCCUCGCCGUUCAAUCGUUGUUUCUAACACGAUGAUCAGAGCCUUUCUUGAGAGUAAUGAGGCCACCAAGGCGGUGAUUCUGUACAGAGAGGUUCUAGCAAGUGGUAUUUUGCCUGACAAAUAUACUUUCUCUUUUCUACUAAGAGCUUGCGUAGAAAUCGCUGAUCCUACACUGGGUGUGAUAUACCAUGCCCAGAUAAUCAAACUGGGGUGGGAAAGACAUGAAUUUGUACAGAAUGGAUUAAUUCAUUUUUAUGUUAGUUUGAAAUGUAUGGAAUCGGCUUCCAAAUUGUUUGAUGGGAGUUCGAAACUAGAUGUAGUUGCUUGGACAUCGUUGAUUAAUGGGUACUUGAAGUCUGGACAAAUUGUGAUGGCACGAGAACUGUUCGAUAAAAUGCCAGUGAAAAAUGAGGUUUCUUGGAGUGCAAUGGUGAAUGGAUACGCUCAAUUUGGGUUGUUUAAUGAUGCUCUAGAGCUUUUUAAUGACAUGCAGCUAGCUGGAAUUUUUCCAAAUUACCCUGCCAUUGUUGGCGCUCUGUCUGCUUGUGCUGCUCUCGGUGCUCUUGAUCAAGGGCAAUGGAUUCACUCACAUAUAAAGAGAAACAAAUUGAAGCUUGAUACAGGACUUGGGACAGCCCUUGUGCACAUGUACACCAAAUGUGGAUGUAUAGAAACAGCUUGCCAAGUAUUCGACAAAAUGUCACAUAGAGAUGUAUACGCUUACACUUGCUUCAUUUCAGGUCUGGCAAAUCAUGGUCAAAGCUCUAGAGCUAUUCAUCUGUUUACAAGAAUGUGCCGUGAAGGCAUUAACCCAAAUGAAGUUACAUUCACUUGUAUCCUGAAUGCGUGCAGUAGAAUGGGAUUGAUAGAAGAAGGUUUGAAGAUUUUUCAUAGUAUGUAUGUUGUUUAUGGGAUUCAACCAAAAAGUCAACACUAUGGUUGUUUGGUAGAUCUGUUAGGAAGAGCAGGAAUGAUGGAACAGGCAAAGUUAGUAGUUGAAAAACUUCAUAUUAAACCAGAUUCUUGUAUAUUGGGUGCGAUGUUGAAUGCUUGUGGAGUUCAUGGAGAGUUAGAGCUGGGAAAAGAAAUUGUUGAGAAAUUAGUAGAUGUGAAUCUUGAUCAUUCUGGGACGCAUGUACUCUUGUCCAAUAUUCUUGCUCAGGCAAGCCAAUGGAAUGAUGUGGAGAAGUUAAGGAAGGAAAUGGUUGGAAAGAUGAUUCAUAAAGUACCUGGCUGUAGUGCUGUUGAAGUUAAUGGAGUUCUUCAUGAAUUCAUUUCUGGAGAGAAGAAAAUGAGAUAUUGCUAAAUGAAUUCAAGAAGAUCCAACAGCAAAAAAAUUGAGACCUUCUUAUCAGUUUCAGUUUCAUCCUAGGGGUGAUGAACCACAUAUGGAUGGUAAACUAAGAACUAUACUUUUCUAAUGGUAGUAACCUCUACUUGUGAGUCACCCUAGUCUAACUAUCACCUAGAAGUUUCGGUUUAUAUUAAAUAAUUAACCGCCUCCUAAGAGUCCUAUUUAUGUCGAGCUCCUAGGCUUAGAUUAUGUUGGUAGUAGUUAGUCUUUGGGAGAGAAGAGAGAGCCCGAGGAUCCUUCCGAAGCUCCUUCGGAAUUCCAAAGCCUAGGUCGAGCAUUGAAGCAUUCUUAGUUCAUUGUAAGUCAUCAAGUUCAAUAUAAAUCUACUUCGAAGAAGGUUGAUACAUGCAACACUUUAUUGCA